ACUGAUGACUGCAACAAAGUCAGGAAGCUCAUCUGUCAUUGGGCCUAAUCGCCUAAUGCGCAUGUGCAGACGACGAUCCACACUCAACCUGUCGGAAAUCUGCAGAUGUGAAGGAGAGUUGAAUGAAGCUAUGACAUAAAACAGCAUACUGGCAGCAGAAUAAAAACUGGAUGGAAAAUUUUUCUGCUCACAUUUACCUCGGAUUCCAACUUAACAGACAGCACUCGCUCCUCUCACUGCCAGCAAAGACACCAUGAUACAAUUAAGGGCGUUAAUUCUCACAUCUCUCAUGCUCCCUUGGAUUCUGUCUUCUGCAGCAAAGUAUGAAUACAUGGAAGCAAGGAAAGCUGAGAUAGACAGUCUAAACAUUCCUGACUAUGGCAUGCUUCAAGACUCAGAGUCAGAAGUAGCAACAAAUGUGGAAGAUAUGCCAACAUGUCUACUGUGCGUUUGCCUGAGUGGAUCUGUGUACUGUGAGGAGGUGUCCCCUGAAAUGUCAAUCGUCCCCGCACUACCAAGGGAAACAGCAUAUUUUUAUGCGCGUUUCAACAAAAUCACGAAAAUAAGCAAUAAAGACUUUGCAGACAUGGCCACAUUAAGAAGAAUAGACCUAAGUGGGAAUCAAAUUACUGACAUAGAAGAUGCUGCUUUUUCAAAACUGACCAAUCUUGAGGAGCUCAAUCUUGCAGAAAACAGACUGACUAGACUUCCCAUACUGCCCAACAAGCUUAUAACAUUUAACGGCAAUUUUAACAGGCUUACAACCCAAGGUGUAAAGGCUACUGCUUUCAAAAAACUCACAAAACUGGCAUAUCUUUACCUUGGAAACAAUGAACUGACAGCAGUGCCCCAACUUCCAGAGUCUCUUCAGGUUGUGCACCUGAAUAACAACAGGAUCAGAACAAUAACAGAUCAGACAAUCUGCAAAGGAAACACGAGUUUUUACAUCCGGCCCAACAUGGAUCAGGUGAGACUGGACGGGAACCCCAUCGUACUGUCAAACUAUCCCGACAGCUUCAUCUGCCUGCGUGCUCUCCCUAUCGGAUCGUACAAGUAAAAAUACCAAAAGAUGCAAAUUACAAAAUAGGCUUAAGUUCAAUUUUUAUAUACUCAAAAAAAUCAAUUGAAUAGCUAAAGGCCAUGAAAGUUUUGACAGUGAAUGUCAUUGUUUUUACAGUUAGUUUGUAGGGAUUUCAACACAUUCUGAAUUCUCUGUCCGUAAUACAGUUGUUCAGUAAUUAUAAGCAGAUGUUUUGUAAAGAUUUACUCCAGGGGAAGUCAGUGCAUGUUGUGUGUUUGUUUUGUUUCUUUUUCAAGUUCUAUCAGUGUUAUCUACUUGUAUUAAACACAUACCAUAUGUGAAAAAUCACUCAUAUUAUGUUUUUUGAAUAGUUUUCUUAGGUUACAGUUUAGCUGAAAGUAGUAGCUGUUCUGUGAUUCGUUUUAAACAACACAUGGACACACUAUCACAUUGAUAUUCAUGAACAAAUGUGGAGAUUAUAAGUGUUCCCUUUCACAGCAGACAUUACCAAUAAAACUUGCAUGUUUGAAGUUC